AUGUCACCAUCACUUGAAGAAGAACUCUCUACUCUUCCUCGCGAAAUUCCUGCUACAAAGGAAUCCACAGAAACAAAAUCGUCUUCAAAUUCAACAUCUACUCCUAAGAAACAUGAAGAAUAUCAAUAUCUAGACUUGAUCCGCGAGAUUUUAGAGACCGGUGAACACCGUCCUGACCGAACAGGAACUGGCACCAUCUCCAUCUUCGCCCCCGCACCUUUAAAGUUCUCCCUCACAUCCCCCACAGGAAUCCCAAUUCUUCCCCUCCUCACAACAAAACGCGUAUUCCUCCGCGCAGUCCUAACUGAACUCCUCUGGUUCAUAUCCGGUUCCACUUCUUCUCUACCCCUCUCCACUGCCGGAAUAAAAAUUUGGGAUGGCAAUGGAUCCCGUGCAUACCUAGACUCUAUCGGUCUUUCUCACCGUGCCGAAGGAGAUUUGGGUCCCGUCUAUGGAUUUCAAUGGCGACAUUUCGGCGCUAAAUAUAUUGAUGCCGAGACAGAUUAUACAGGACAGGGCGUUGAUCAAUUAGCAGAAAUUGUAUGGAAGCUCAAGAAUAAUCCAUGGGAUAGGAGGAUUAUUUUGAGUGCAUGGAAUGUGGCAGAUAUCAAGUUGAUGGCAUUACCACCUUGUCAUAUGUUUGCUCAAUUCUAUGUUUCCUUCCCGAAAAGUUCUACAACAUCUUCAACUUCCGAAUCGAAUACAAACCCCCCAAAGCCAGAAUCGAAACCUAAAGGCAUUCUUCAUUGCCAGCUCUACCAACGUUCCUGUGAUAUGGGACUUGGUGUCCCGUUUAACAUCGCUUCUUACGCUCUUUUAACACAUAUUCUUGCUCAUGCAUGCGAUCUUACACCCGGUACAUUUACACACACAAUGGGAGAUGCACAUGUUUAUGUUGAUCAUGUCGAUGCAUUAAAGGUACAACUUGAGCGAGAACCUAGAGAAUUUCCAGAAAUAGGAAUUUUGAGGGAGGAUCAAGGUAGUGGAGUUGUAGAUGGAUGGAAGCCAGAGGAAUUUGAGGUUACAGGAUAUAAACCACAUGGAAAGAUAGAUAUGAAGAUGAGUGUUUAA